AUGGAGCGUGGCGGCCAGCUUGCCGAGCAUUCAUUGAAGGAGGCCAUGGCGGACGUUUCGAAGAAGUUGGGCUUGUUCGAACGCGUCCGCCAUGUGUGCCAAUCCGUCGCCAUCCCGCUUCCCGGAGUGGUGGUGGUUGGAGAGCAGUCUGCUGGCAAGUCAUCUUUGCUGGAAAAUAUCUCCGGCAUUCAGUUCCCAAGGGCGCAGAACACAUGUACAAGAAUGCCAUGUGUCCUCACCUUGCUGACGGACCCGACCCUGAAAGAUUCCUCUGCGGAAGUAUCCAUGGACCCCAGUUUUGCAGACGCAAGUAAAUGCUCCGUAUCUGAUGUCGAAAGCCACAUCAAGGGGCUUACCGACAAGCAUGCAACUGGCAACGAGUUCAUCUCAAGUCAGGCCCUCUAUGUCCGAGUGGUUCGCCGAGAGGGACCUCAGCUUAGUUUGAUUGACCUUCCUGGCGUGACCCACAACGCAGAUCAGAUGCAGAACAUCCACGAGGUCACAGUGAACUUGGUGGAAGAGUACAUCAAGCCAGAAGAGAUGGUGAUCCUUUGCGUGAUACCGGCCAUGUCCGACUUCGGAAAUGCGGAGGUUGUGAAGCUGGCGCGGAAGUAUGAUCCCCAAGGCAUCCGCACCUUGGGUGUGGUUACAAAGUGCGAUGACGCGGCCAACGCCGAAGCCUCUGACAUCGUUGAGAAGGAGAAGGCGAUCUUUACAAAGAAAGAUCGCAUGAAGACCUUACCCGAAAAGAAUUGGGGCACUUUGAAUCUUAUGGAAAGGGUCGCAAAGAUCCAAGAGGCGCGAGUGGACGAAUGUCUGCCAAAGAUCAAGGAUGCCGUGCGCAAGAAGACUGGCGAAUUGCAGGAGGAGCUGCGCAAAUUGCCAGCCCAAGCGGAUACGGAGGCUGAUCAAUUUCGGUUGUUCAAUGGCAUUCUUGCUCGAAUCAGGAAUGAUUUGGUGCGCAGAAUCCGUGCAGAGUUCAUGAGCGCAGAGACCUCUGACCGAGAACUGACAAUUGCGCCGAUCGUUGCUUCGAUGGUUCAGAGCUUUCGGAAAGAGCUGCUGGAGCGCAAUCCUGAUUGGUUGGGACAGGAUAUGAUCGAUGAGGUAGAUGACACAGUACAAACCUUUGUGACUGGGUACACGGUGGAGAACCUGGUCGGCCCCCAUGUCUUUAUCAACCUGAUCAAGCAAACCUUCAUCGAAGAAGGGCUUUUGAAAGACAGCGUGAAUGGGCUGGUUGGAGACGUUGGUGAGCAUCUUCGCAAGGUGAGCCACAAUCAAGCCCCGGGUAGAUGA